ACUCAAUAUUCAACCUUUUCUUCGGCAUCCGUGAAGUUGACAUUAAGUCGUUUCACAACCGUAAAGCCUACCGACAGUCAACAUGACGAACUCCAAGGGUUAUCGUCGAGGAACUCGGGAUAUGUUCUCCCGGGGAUUCCGCAAGCAUGGCACCAUCCCGCUGUCCACCUACAUGAAGGUCUACAAGUCCGGAGAUUACGUUGAUAUCAAGGGACACGGAGCUGUACAUAAGGGCAUGCCCUACAAGGCGUAUCAUGGUAAAACUGGACGCGUCUACAAUGUCACGAAGCACGCGUUAGGCGUCAUCGUAAACAAGCGCGUUCGUGGAAAGAUUCUACCUAAGCGCAUCAACGUACGCGUCGAGCAUGUGAAUCCUUCCCGCUGCCGUGAGGAUUUCCUGAAACGUGUGAAGGAAAACGACGAGAAACGCCGGGCGAUCAAGGCUCGCAACAUGCCGAAGUUUAAGGUGUCGCUAAAGCGUAAGCCGAAACAGCCGCGCCAGGCUCAGGUCAUCAAGAACCCACCGGAGCCCAUCUUCCUGGCCCCGAUUCCGUAUGAAUUUGUGGCUUAAGCUAGUUAUUGUCUGCUUGUGGGAUGAUAAAUAUUGUGUUAUCACGGCUUUGGUGUAGUUCUAGAAAAGAAACAAAAGCUAAGGUUAUUUUUUAUGAAGUACAUCGAUAAUACAACUCGUGAUACUCAAA